AUGACGACAACUACGGAUUUCGGCCCUCUCACGAGCAUUUUCUCUGCGCCGACAGGCUGUGCCACGGAACAAUGGGUCGCGCGUCAAGCCAGCUCGACCUGGCUCCGUUGGGGCGCGGGCUGCAAUGGCAAACGUGUGGGCUACGACUCCAACUGUUUCCCUCCCGGAUGGAGCGCGGGCAAUUCCACUACAGUCCUGAAUAAAGCCUUCAAUCCAGGUUACGCAUGCCCGUCGGGAUACACCACACAUGCCAAUGCCACGGGUACCGCCGCAACGAAACAAUACGGCGAGUACAUUGGCAGUAUAGGAACUGAUUCACUCGCAAUCUUGUGCUGUCCCACUCACUAUGAUUGGAACGGUGAAUACUGCAGCGGCAACCAGUACCAAAUCGCAACACGCAGCUACCUUACCGUCGAGAACAGCAAAUGCACCACAACGUCGGCCCCAGCAUACAACGGCGUGAAUGGCCUCAAUGGCACAAUGGGCGGUGCCUACCUUCAAGGCACACCCAUCUUCCUGAUCCAAAAAGUCGGCGCCACGUACGAUCUCCCAACCUCAACCGCGGGUAGUUCCUCAAACGCAGCGAGUGGGGGUCUCUCGACCGGCGCGAAGAUUGCGAUUGGCAUCUGUGUUCCAGUCGGUGUCCUUCUCAUCGCCGCGAUAGCGUUUAUAUGGUGGCACCGGCGGAAAAAGGCCCAAAAGGCCCAACCCGCCGCACUAUCAGCCCAAACGCCCGGACCCUAUGCAGAGCCGUUGAAUGGUAAGCCGGAGCUCGAUGCGGGUGGCGCUGUAAAGCCCUACGUGAAGCAGGAGCUGGAUGCGAGCCAUGAAAUUCACCCCGGGAAGCCCGCUGUGCCAGCGGAGCUGCCAGCGGUGCAAACACCACAGACGCCGGUGGCGGAGAUGGCAACGUCCGUGAAUAAAAGUCCAGAUACGCCCCAAGCUGAAUUGCCUGGGGACGGGGUGAUGGGGGAUGCGGUGCCUUCAAGGAUAAAAGCAGAGGCAACUGACCCCAGUGGUGGGGAGGAAUAG